GCGGCGUCCUUCCCUCCUCCCCACAGCCCGGACCGUGCCUGAGUCGCGGAGACCUUUGCCCCCGGCGGGCGCCGCCGAUAAACGGGUUUUUUUUACUCUGGGGAUAAAGCCAUGGCUGAAAUGAGUGAUAUCAAUGUACAAAAACUAACCGUUGUUCAGCAAGCAAUAGCCUCUUGUUGUGGAGCUAUAAUUACAUCAUUAUUUGUAACUCCUCUUGAUGUUAUCAAAACUCGACUGCAAGCCCAAAGGAAUCCAUUUCAUGAAGGAAAGUGUUUUGUAUACUCCAAUGGCCUUAUGGAUCAUGUAUAUGUUUGUGAAAAUGCGGACAGCAAAGCCUAUUAUAAAAAACCUGGGCGUUUCAAAGGAACAUUGGAUGCAUUUGUGAAAAUUAUUCGAAUAGAGGGAAUUAAGUCACUGUGGAGUGGGCUUCCCCCAACACUAAUAAUGGCAGUUCCUACCACAGCAAUCUAUUUUACCUGCUACGAUCAGCUGUGUGAAGCUUUGAAAAACAGACCAGGAAAGCAUGAUGAGCACAUUCCAGUUAUUGCAGGUUCCUUAAGCAGAUUUGGUUCUUCCACUGUGGUGAGUCCCCUGGAGCUGAUCAGAACUCAAAUGCAGUAUCGCAGGUCGUCCUACAAGCAGCUGUACCUGCGUAUCAGCACCAAAGUGGCUGCAGAUGGGUGGUUCUCCCUGUGGCAGGGCUGGACUUCUACUGUUCUGAGAGAUGUCCCUUUCUCAGCAAUGUAUUGGUAUAAUUAUGAACGUUUCAAGAAGAUGAUGUGCAAGGAAGUUGGUGCAAAUGAACAUACAUUUUUUGUUUCUUUUACUUCAGGAGCAGCAUCUGGCUCUAUUGCAGCUGUUGUAACUCAGCCAUUUGAUGUAGUGAAGACACAUAGGCAGAUUCAACUUUGGGAGAAUGAGACCUUAAAAAUUCCACAGAGGGACAGUAAAUCAACCUGGGCAGUUAUGAGGAAAAUUGCUGCCGGAAAUGGGAUUACUGGAUUAUUUGCCGGUAUUACUCCACGGCUGUUUAAAGUUGCUCCUGCUUGUGCCAUAAUGAUCAGCACGUACGAAUAUGGAAAGUCUUUCUUUUCUCAUUUAAAUGAAAAAAAGAAUCAACAUCCAUAAUUCUUAUUCGUCCAAUUGUAUGAAGGCAAAGUAUAUGAUGGAAGUUGUGCCAAAGUUAAAUCUGUCAAGAUGUGUUUUAGAAUUCCCAGUGAAUUUCUACCGUUACAUUUGCUGGAGAGAAAAAAAAAAAGGAAGGAAGAACAAAAGAAAACAAGAAAGGAGAAAGAGAAGAAAAAUUGAGGCUGGACAUAGCAAUGAAGAAUAAUGACUUCCACCUGUGUUAAAUUUUAAACAUUCAUGAUUAUACAUUUUAGCUGAGUUUUAAAAUUAUGUUUAAAAAUGUUUUGGCUUUCUAAUCGUAAGAUAUAUUUAUUUCUCAGCAAGGAGGUUGAUACAGAGUGAAUUCAAUAAAUAUUUAUUCUUGCUGCUUGUUAUGUGUUUCAUUCUGUAGGUUUGUUAUUUGCCGCUCUGUAUUUUGUAUAAGUGCAUAUUAUAAAAGCUUCUCGGGUUUAUUUUAUAUGAAAAAUUCUGUAAAACUGGAAAAAUACAUAUGUUCAUUAGACACUGAGAGUGUAUACACUGGUGGGACAGCAGGGGCUUUUUGUUUAAUGUAAUACUCAAAGAAAUUAAAGCACACCUAUACAUUGAAGCCAAAGGCCUGUUUGGGUGCUCUGCAGGAACACUCCUUCAUGUGUUUCUGGGAGGUAGAAGUUGUCACUGUCACACUGCUCCAAGGCAGGGCCAGGCCAUGCACAUUUGGUGUGGGGUCACCUCUCUUGGAAGGCCAAGGUUGCUGGCAUAAGGAGAGGUGAUUCAUGCCAGCUUGACUCAGCCCUGCGCCCCUCUGAAGGGAAGAGCGUGUUCAGGUUGCUGCCAUAGGCACAGCCACCCUCUGCCCCACUGUGCUGCACUCCUGGUAGGAAGAGCUGCAGCACUGCACUCACCUGUAGGCACUCAAAUUAAUAAAUCAGAGCUGCCUCUGUAUGAUUUAAAUAAUUUUUUAACUACUUUCACUACUUCCCUCUUUUAAUGCAUUUUCAAUGCAGUUGUUGAAUUCUAUUUUUUUUGUGUAUUUUACUGAGCAGGGGGUGCUGAUACAGAAGCAACUCAGUAGUCAGAUCAUUAAGACACUGACAUUUGGGUGUGCUUUACCCAAGAAAUGGAGUUCAGUCCAUGGUAAAAAUUCCUCACACACUGAAAAAUGCUCUACUUGUAAAGACAUUAGGUACCACAUUAGGCAAGAGAUGCUGCCAGAGGAGAUGCUUAACACUGUUCUUCCACUGUGACUUUUGAAUGUAAAUUUACAUUCAAAAUAAGGCCCAAGAAGACAUAGUAGCAGCAGAUAUUGGAUGACACUGAAUGAUAUAGAGCAAGAAAACCAGUCUUCCCCUUGUGCAAGAAAAGUAUUUGCUAUAAACUCGG